AUGGGGCUUACAAACAAUAGCUGGUUCCAGCCACCUAUUCUCCUUCUAACAGGCAUUCCUGGACUGGAGGCUCAGCAAACAUGGAUCUCUAUUCCACUGUGCGUCAUGUAUCUAAUUGCCCUCCUGGGAAACUGCACCAUCCUCUUUGUUAUCAAAGCAACCUCCAGCCUUCAUGAGCCUCAGUACAUCUUUCUGUCUAUGUUGGCAGCCACGGAUGUGAGUCUGUCUUUAUCAACACUACCUACAGUUCUCAAGGUCUUCCUCCUAAAUCACAGAGAGAUUGAGUUCCACUCUUGCCUAACACAGAUGUUCUUCAUCCAUACCUUCUCCUCCAUGGAGUCAGCCAUCCUGCUGGCCAUGGCCUAUGACCGAUUUGUAGCUAUUUGCAACCCACUGCACUACCCUGUGGUCUUAACCCCUCCUCGGAUUAUUGGGAUGGGGAUCGCAGCCACAGUUAGAGGUGUGAUGCUGAUGGUUCCCUUGCCGAUCCUGCUCAAGCAGUUGUCCUUCUGCAAGGGUGUUACUCUGUCACACUGUUACUGCUACCACCCGGAUGUCAUGAAGCUGGCUUGUGGCCCUGUCCGAGUCAACACCAUCUACGGGUUGUCCCUUGUCCUCUGCUCCUUUGGAGUGGACUCUGUGUUCAUUGUCAUGUCAUACAUCCUGAUUCUGAAAACAGUGUUGGGUAUUGCCUCAGAAGGUGGUCAGCUCAAGGCACUUAAUACUUGUGUUUCUCACAUGUUCACUGUCUGCAUCUUCUAUGUGCCACUCAUCGUGCUAGCUCUGAUUCAUAGGUUUGGUACAUUCACGUCUCCUCUGCUCCAUGUCUCUAUGGCCAAUCUCUUCCUCUUCUUGACCCCAGUCCUUAACCCCUUGGUGUAUAGCCUAAAAACCAAACAGAUAAGGUUUGCAGUACACAACAUGUUCAAGGGCAGGGGAAUCUUGUACUAG